ACAAUCUGGUGUACGCUCAACCUGGUCACUAGGGUUCCCACUUUUCACGUAAACCAUGCUGUCGGUGGUAGCAGUGUUCGCCGCGUCAUUUGCCGUCGGUAAUUGUUUAUCGGCCGCGCAUCUGACCCUCCCUCAAGACCCAGUAGUCGGGUCCGAGGUGAAGAUGGCGUGCACGUUUGAAUUGGCCAGCGAUGAACAAGUUUAUUCGAUCAAAUGGUUCAAAGAUGAACAGCUCUUCGUCACUGCCACUCCCGCUGAUCAGCCCCCACUUAAAGUUUUGGAUCUACCCGGCAUCAACGUCGAUAGGAAGCUCACGGCUUAUAACAAGCUCGUGCUCAAACGAGUCGAGCUAGAAACUUCAGGGAACUACCGAUGUCUAGUGAGUCUUGACGGGCCAUCCUUCGCCACUGCGAGGAGCACCAAAUAUCUCAAGGUCGUUCGGAAAGAAUAACUUCGCUACGACCCUCUGUAUACUACGUAGGUAUCCAAUCUAUGCAAUCAUCCCUAAUAAACUCGUCAUCA